UCUGCCUGCGACGCGUCACUGGCUUCCAGGCCCCACCCCUGGGCGCUUGGUGAUGACCCCCCUCCCCCCCGCAGGCCUUCUCGCGCUCUCCCUGCCGAGGCCGAGGCGCGGUCAGCAGGAGGUUACGUCAUCAGGAACGCGACAGUUUCUGGGGCGGCGGCGGUCGUGGGAGCGCGGCGCGUGCGAGAGUUGCCCGCACGUGCCGCGGCCGGAGCCAUGAGCUGCCCCGUGACUUGCGCCGCCUGGGUGCGCAGGGGGGUCGCCAGGGCAACGCCCGACAAGGUGCGGCUCAGCGCGGAGGAGCUGAAGCGGCUCAUCGGGGAGGCCGCGGAGACGCUGCGAGAAGAAGCAGAUGAAGAAGAACAUGGACAGACUGCAGAAGACGGCAUGGAUGUUGCUAGUGGUGAGACAGCUGAGCCUCCUCAAGAAGAUGGGGACCAGGAAGAAGACACUGAAAAGCUGAAUGAUGAUGAACUGGCAGAGUAUGGUUUGGAUAAAUAUGAUGAAGAGGAGAAUACAGAUGCUGUGAGCCUUGGAGACACCUUAGCCAGUCUUACGGUAUAUGGGAGUAACGAACGUGAUCCUUACGUCACUAUUAAAGAUACUGAGCAAUAUGAACAGGAAGAUUUUUUGAUUAAGCCCAGUGACAAUCUGAUCAUUUGUGGAAGAGUUGAUAAGGACCACUGCAGUCUAGAGGUUCACCUUUAUAAUCAUGAAGAGGACUCAUUUUAUGUACACCAUGAUAUUCUCUUACCUGCAUACCCUUUAAGUGUGGAGUGGCUUAACUUUGAUCCUAAUCCAGAUGAAUCUCCAGGAAAUUAUGUUGCAGUGGGUAACAUGACCCCUGUUAUAGAGGUCUGGGACCUUGAUAUAGUGGAUUCUCUAGAGCCAGUCUUUUCCCUUGGAAGUAAAAAAGAAAAGAAGAAGAAAAAGGGAAAGAAGAAUAUCUACAGAAGGGAAUCAGGAGGGCAUACUGAUGCGUUCUUGACACUUUCAGGGAAUAAGCAAAAUAGAAAUGUGUUAGCUAGUGCCUCAGCUGACACCACUGUAAUUCUGUGGGAUAUGUCCGUGGGUAAACCAGCAGCGAACCUUACUUUACAUAUGGACAAGGUAUGUCAGAAACUACAAUUUCAUCCAUUUGAAACACAGACCCUUGUUUCUGGAUCUUAUGAUAAGUCUGCUGUCCUGUAUGACUGUAGAAGUCCACAGGAUAACCAUCGAAUCUGGCGGUUUAGUGGACAGGUUGAGAGAGUGACUUGGAAUCAUUUUUCACCUUGUAACUUCCUAGCUAGCACAGAAGAUGGCUUUGUGUACUGUCUAGAUGCUCGUUCCGAUAAGCCACUUUUUACUCUGAAGGCUCAUGAUGAGGAAGUAUCUGGACUCCAAUUAAGCAGUCAGAUCAAAGGGUGCCUUGUGACAUCAUCUGCUGACAAAUAUGUGAAAAUUUGGGAUAUAUUGGGAGACAAACCAAGUCUGAUCCAUUCCAGGGAUAUGAAAAUGGGUGUUCUGUUCUGUGCAGCUUGUUGCCCUGAUUUGCCAUUUGUCUACGCCUUUGGAGGGGAGAGAGAAGGGCUUAGAGUCUGGGAUAUAAGCAGUAUUUCUGCAGUGAAUCAAGUUUUUGGAAGCAGAGAGAGGCUGGUAGCUGCCAAUACAAACUCUGCAACUAGCAGCUCCUUUGCCAGCAGUAGCAGCAAAAGUCCAGAAGCAGAAAUGGAAUCAUGAUGGAUCAAACCGAACACAGAUGGUAUAUAAAUGCAAAACAUCAAACCAGAGUAUACUUUUGGACCUCGGUUAAUAUGUAUUCUGCAUCCACUGGUUUGGAAAAUGUUUAUGGAAGUGUAUCAAGUUUCUUGCAAUCUGCAUCUUUUUUUUAUCUUAUGGGAGGAAAACAUGGUCUUGUGGCUAAGAGAUAGGAGUCGAAGUUAUGGGUCCCUGCCUCUCACUAACUUGGAAAAGUUAAGUGACGUGCCUGCACCUUACUUCACCUAGCACUGAAAUGGGGAUUACAAACACGCAGGUGAUGUGCUAACUUCACUUGUAAAGUGAUAUAUGUAAUUUGUCAGGAAAGAACUGUGCUACUGUAGAGUGUAUAUAAAGGAUUGUAAUGAAGAAUGGAUUUCGUUUUAGUUGCAAAUGAAAACUACUUCAACUGAAAAUUGCCAUAGUAUUUAAGUCAA